UUUUAACUUAAGUGAAAGGAGGUUCUGCUCCGGGACCUCUUCCUGGAUCUCUCCCUCCACCCUCUGUGUUCUUUCGGGUGCACCAUAGGGUCAAAGCCGCAGCAACGCCGUCUCUGUGUGAUCGCAUAAUGCCCUUCUGUAGCACGACCUUCCCCCGAGAGUGACCAGCUACCGGACAGGCACCACGGAGGGGUACCGAGCACCUCCCGGACCGGCGGCUGCAGGAUCGCGAGUGCCUCCGCUAGGGAGACCGCACGUUGCCCCUGUGCUUCCUCCGGUGGCGCCUUCUGCAACGACACCUCGACCCUGCUCCCUCUCUGGGGCUGAAUCUGACUCCUCCACGGCGAUCCCAGACGUGAGACCCAAACUGACGGCUUCCAGAAGAGGGGCCAGCCCGGCCACAAGUCGUUCACGUAGCUAACACAUCAUUGCUUCCGGCUUCUUACCGUCCUCCCCUUUGUAAACGGUCACCUCCCGAAAACCCAGGCUCUCCUCCAACAGUGGUUCUCAAGCGAGGCGAUCUUCCCCGAGGGGGAGGAUAUUUGGCAAAGUCUGGGGACAUUUUUGGUUCACUGGGGCUGCUACUUGCAUCCACCGGGUAGAGACGGGGGAUGCAGUUACACAUUCUAAGCAGCACGGGACAUUACCCUUCCCAACCCAGACAGAAUGAGCCGGCCCAAAACGUCAGUAGUGCCCAGGCUGAGAAACCCUGCCUUAAACAAACAGCAAAGAAAGGCCAAGUCCCAUAAGUGGGUCACCGCGCCGGGACUGGGGUCCACGGGACACCCCAGCCACACCGAGCCGGGAAGUCCCCGCCUCCUGGAGCUGAACCCGCCCCUCUCCCAGAGGUGGAACUGCGAGGGGGCGGGAACAGGCACGGAGAAAAUAAACAAGACUAAAAAGUCCUGAGUAGCGCUGUGUGGCUGCAAACCGGAACCCAACUUUUGCACCACGUGGGACCCGGCACUCUUCCUGCCACCCACACCUGAGACGGCUGGGGGGCUGACCCCAGUACUAGAAAACACUCGUCACCUCAAUCAAGACGGGUACAAAGGCCAACGGAUGCCUUCCUUUAGAAAGCUCAGCACACAGAGCAACUUCUCACGCCUACCCUCGAAGGGCGUACUCCAAGUUAGCACUUCCGACGUCCAGCUGUGAUCCCAGAGCUGCGGAAAGCCCCGCCAGCGAGCGCCCGGGCCUGCGCAGACGCGUUGGCGUGGUGGGCGUGGCUCCCUCCGGACCCGGCGUCCCGCCCUCCGCCCCGUGUCCGCAUGCGCGGCUGAGCCGCGGGGGUGGUACUGCUGCAUCCGGGUGUCUGGAGGCCGUGGACGUUUUGUUUUCUUGGCUGAAACCGGUGGAGUGAGGCGGCUGCGCGCGGCGCUACACCGGGCUCCGGAACCACUGCACGACGGGGCUGGACUGACCUGAAAAAAAUGUCUGGAUUUCUAGAGGGCUUGAGAUGCUCAGAAUGCAUUGACUGGGGGGAAAAGCGCAAUACUAUUGCUUCCAUUGCUGCUGGUGUACUAUUUUUUACAGGCUGGUGGAUUAUCAUAGAUGCAGCUGUUAUUUAUCCCACCAUGAAAGAUUUCAACCACUCAUACCAUGCCUGUGGUGUUAUAGCAACCAUAGCCUUCCUAAUGAUUCAUUUCAUCUUGAAUUGACAAGUCCGAGGUGAUAGUACCAGUGAAGGUUGUCUGGGUCAAACAGAAAAAGACAUAGUAUACCCUGGAAUUGCUGUAUUUUUCCAGAAUGCCUUCAUCUUUUUUGGAGGGCUGGUUUUUAAGUUUGGCCGCACUGAAGACUUAUGGCAGUGAAAACAUCCGAUUUCCCACAGCACAACAUCCCUGCUUGGGUUUGUUUGUUUUUUUACUGCUCACUCCCAAUCUUUUGUAAUGCCGUUUUCUAAACUUAUUUCUGAGUGUAGUCUCAGCUUAAAGUUGUGUAAUACUAAAAUCACGAGAACACCCUAUUUAAACCACAACCAAAAAUCUAUUGUGGUAUUCACUUGAUUAACUUAUAAAACGUUAAAGCAAACUUUCACAUGAAUAAUUUUUGUCAAAUUUUAUCAUGGCAUAAUUUGUAAAAAUAAAAAGAAAUUACAAAAGAAAUUAUGGAUUUGUCAGUAUAAGUAUUUGUCAUAUCUGAGGUCCAAAACCACAAUGAAAGUGCUCUGAAGAUUUAAUGUGUUUAUUCAGAUGUGGUCUCUUCUGUGUCAAAUGUUAAAUGAAAUAUAAACAUUUUUUAGUUUUUAAAAUAUUUCAUGGUCAAAAUUCUUCCUCACUGUAAGUGGUAUUUACUUUUACCAAAAAUUCUGUGAACAUGUAGUGUUUGAGUGGCUUUUGAGGGUCUCCCAAGGUGUGAGUGGACGUGUUGGAACAGAGAAGCACCAUGGUCCAGGCACCAGGCUCUCCAUGUCCCUUCCGUGGGAAGCUCUUCCGCUGUGCCUCCCAUUCCAAGGGCAGGAGGAUAUGACUCAGCCAUGACACGUGGUUCUGGUGGGACGCACAGUCACUCCACACCCACCGUUGAAGGAGAGAGGAGGAAAGGAGAGAGAUUUGACACUCCGGUCUUACACAGGGGACAAUUUCUUUGUAGUUGUUCUGAUGAUAAACCGGGUUCCAUGUUUCAUUUCAUCUGUAUGCUGAACCACUAGCCUAAUAGACCAGCACGGUCAACUAGAAUGACAAACAUUAGCUACUGGAAACUCUGGUUGUCUCUUCCUCUUCGGAACUCUUGUCCCCACAGGCUCCCCACCUCUGCAAGAUGGGAUACGCUCUUCAGAACCACAGUUUGAAAUGUCUUUCAUAACGUGCCACAAUUAGCCUUCGGAAUAUUUGCUGGGUGAUUUAAAUGUGUGGGUCUCUUUUCCAUGCUAGCGUCGUCAUCGGACAGUCUCUAUGCUGUGAAUAUUGCCUGGCCAUCAAGACUCUUCUCAAAGAAAUAACUUGCUGUCAUCCCACACGAACUCCUGAUGUUUUUUCUACAAAAGUCCAUAAAAUGUGAAAAUUGGAGAAGAUCUUAGAGGUUGAAGUCUACCUUCUCUUUCACACAGGAGGGAACCCAGACCAUGGAAAUUUAAGUAACUUCCUCACGGUCACAGAACUAGUUUUUUAAUCCUCAGGCAGUGCAUCCCCCCACCCUACAACUGAGCACAACCUCUUUCCCCACAGUGCAAUUCAGAAUAUGCUCAGGGAAUGCCAGCCACCUUGUAAAACUGCUGGGAUAAAAGCAUGAUUCCCACAAGGACUAAGGAUCAGUGAUUUGUAAUUUUCCUGUUUUGUACUAUCUGCUUUGCUCAUGUAGACAAGAGUUAACUGGGUAGCAUACUUUAUUAAGCAUGAGAAAGAAUCUUAAGAAUUGUCAAUAAAAUUAACCCAAAACUUUAAUAAUGUGUCUGUAACCAAGAAAAUAUUGAUAGCAUCAUCCUAAUGAAACUAAACAUUUAUUUUAAACUUAUUAAAUUGACUCUUAAACUAA